AUGGUUAUCACAAUCCGGUUGGUGUUGGAAUUGAGUAUCUUCAGAUAUUUUGUACAGCAGGCAAACGAAACGGCCCUUUGUACCCGCCACUUCGAUGACUACAGCAUGAAGAACACCAAGAUGGCGAACCAGAUCAACAAGUUUCUGCUGAAAAAUCUGCACCAGAAGAAAAAGUUUUCCGCCUACGGGUUCUUCGACAUCGACAACAGUGUGAUCUAUACAGUUUUCAGUUCCAUCAUCACCUAUCUUGUGAUACUGAUACAAUUCAAGCAGCUAGAGACCGAUUUAACGCAGGGUGGCGCCACUAACAACGGCAAUGCGAACAUCACCAGCAGUGGUUCAUAAUUGCAAAAUGCGAAAUCUCUGUUCCAGUACGGUGUAAAUGUUUGUAGGUAUAAUAGGUACACAUAAAAUUUGGUUUCUUCAUAGGAUGCUUACAAUAACUGUAUUAAUCAGGAAUUUGAAACAUCUUUUGACAACAAAAUGGUUUGGCAAAAGAAGCUGUAAGUUGAUUUUAAAUAGUGGAACUUCUCAUUUAAGUCAUGCAAACUCGCUAGGUCACAAGGAGGUUAAUAACCUGAAAACAGUCUAACAGUUGUAAACAUCGUUGAGUUCGUAACAAAACAAAGAACGUGUAUCUUAAAAUGUAUUAUGUGAAAAAGAACAAAUUGAAAGUACUUAGAUUAUUGGUAACAGUCGCUGAUAAGAAAAGUGAUAAAAGAGCUUUUUUGCACCAUUUUUUUUUGUUUAAAAAAAAAUGAAUAACCCACAGAAUGUUUAGUCCAAGAAAAAUCAUUAAAAUCUAAAAGUAUAAUUCCUAUUAUGCCCCAAAGGGAAUUUCUAUGAUUGACUGAAUUCAAUUUGUUAUUGAAACUUGAAUCGGUCACACUUUUUAUU